GCAUGCUGGGUAGCGUGCAGGCCUUGCUCGGAGGAUUGCGCGCCUGCCGCAGGGGGACCUGCCCGAGCCAUAGAGACGCGGGAGGCGGAGGCUAGACUGUCACCCUUUGCCAGCGACAUGGCCUGGGCAGGGCUAGAGCGCCCCGGCGACCAUAGAGACUGGGGGGCAGAGCGUCGCCGCCGCCGUGUCCUCUGCCUGCUGCUGCCCGCCUCCGAGGCCGGGCGUCUCCUUCCUGCUGCCGGGAGCCAGCGUGCUCGGUGCCGGCGCCGCCAUGCUGCCCGCCGCCCGCCCCCUAGGGGGGCCCUGCCUGAGGGGGCUCCGGGCCGCCGCCCGCCUGCUGCUGCGGCGGCAGCUGCCGGGAGUCCGUGCUGUGAGGAUGCUGAGGACCAGCUGCCACGCGAGGACAGAAGCCCUGGCCAGCGCCCCCUUAGAUAAUGCCCCGAAGGAAUAUUCCCCCAAGAUCCAGCAGCUGGUGCAGGACAUCGCUAGCCUGACACUACUGGAGAUCUCGGACCUCAAUGAGUUGCUGAAGAAGACACUGAAGAUCCAGGACAUGGGGCUGAUGCCAAUGGGUGGAAUGAUGCCACCACCUGCAAUGCAGUCAGCCACUCAGGUAGCGGAAGAAGAGGUCCCCAAGAAGCAGGAGAAAAUUCAUUUCACUGUCAAGCUGACUGAGGUGAAGGCUGUGGAAAAAGUAAAACUGAUCAAGGAAGUGAAGAACUGCAUGCAGGGGCUUAACCUUGUCCAGGCAAAGAAACUGGUAGAGUCACUUCCACAGGAAAUCAAGGCCCAUGUGUCCAAAGAGGAAGCAGAGAAGAUCAAAGCCGCGCUGGAGGCAGCAGGAGGGACUGUGGUUCUGGAGUAGAUGGCCCACGCCCCUGGCUGAGGGAUGCUUGUAUCGCCUGCCCGUGCCCAUGUGGGGCCCUGUCCAUUGACUGUUGUGGGGUUCCUGUGCAUUUCCAGGGGGCUAAGAUCUGCCCUGCUUUUCUGCAGUGGGGCUUUGCUCUAUUAGGAUGGCCCUGCGCCAGCUGGGUGUGUUCAGUGGGGAGCCUGACAUUUGUACCAGCACCAUAAUGAACUCUGAAUCUAUUAAAAAAAAGUGUGGGGGGAA